AUGUUCCGCUCCUUACUCUCUCUCAGAAAACAAAAUCCAACCAAAUCCGGUAGUGAAAACUGCUCAAUUGAAAGCAACAUAUUCCCUGUCGUUAAUCCCGCCAUCGAUGGGCUUGAUUGCAACCAAGAUUGCGCCGAUUGCACAAUCAAGUACUCGUCCCGAUUCAAAAUUAAUACAGACAGGGAGCUAUACGGAAGCAUAAAGCCGUUCGUCAAACAUGUCCUUGUCGCGACGGGGAAGGCUGAUUGGGCCGAGAAGGUUGAAAAUGAGCAAGGCAGCCGCAUGAUGGUUUCGGCGUCGAACAUGUCAAUUGACCCGGAGCGCAAAGACGUCGCAGGCCAGGAAAACGCAACAACAGUCCUUGUGCUCCCGUUGUUCACUUUCGUCGACUCCGUAACUGUCUCAAAAAUACCAGAAUUCAUGGACCGUUUCAUAGAUUCCCCAGCAGCAGAGGUACAGUAUCUACCGAUGAACGAUGCUGAAACAAACGGCCAAACGCCGCAUCCCCACCAACAACAACUAACCACCCGCCCCUGCCUCCGCGACCACAUAAUCCUCCUUUGCUCCCACAACCGGCGCGACGCCCGCUGUGGCAUCUCCGCACCCCUCAUCCGCCGUGAGCUGGAGCGGCACCUAUGGCAGCUCUGUCUAUAUCGCGACGAAGAUGACACCCGCCCCGACGGCGUUAGUAUCAUCUUUGUUUCGCAUGUGGGCGGUCACAAAUUCGCUGCGAAUGUGUUGGUGUAUCGUAGGAAGGAAGAGCAGAUGAUUUGGUUAGCGCGGGUGACACCGAAGGAUUGCGAGGGGAUUGUUAAGUAUACAGUUUUGCAGGGAAAGCUGGUGCAUCCUGAGCAGCUGAGAGGAGGGUUUGACGAAAAGAAAUGUUUGACCAGUUGGUAG